UGGGUUCUGUUAUUUUGCUAACUUCACAUCGGUGGGUUCUCAAAACAAAUAAGCUUAAUAUUAUAGAAGUACUGUGUCGGUCUCGGUAACGCGUGUUCCGUUAACACUGAAUUUUCUUAAUUCCUUAGUUAUUGUACCUAUUGUGGUAUAUUUUAUCCCAAUUAUAACUCCUAGUAGAAUCUUAGAUUUAUAAAACCUGAUUAAGCUUUCUCCGUUUUCUCAACCGAAGCCGGUUGGCGUCGUUGCCACAAUGGAAGUUGAAAGCAUUGUGUCCGACACUGAAAACGUGGUUAUGGAAGAAAACGAGAAGCCGGUGGUAGAGCAAGGCGCUGGAGACGCCGCUGCCUCCAUUUCAGGCCGUGUGCGUCGUAGGCACAAGAAAUUGGCCCGUACUAACAGCAAGGAAGGAAGCAACGUAUCCGCGCCGCUUCCUAAAUAUCGCAGCUGGAAGAAUAGUCGUCGACCAAGGAACGGGCAUGGCAGGGGCUUGCCUAAAAAAGGUGGUGCUGGUGGUAAGGGUGUCUGGGGUCUGCCAGGCUCCGAAAUGCUUGAAGAGUACGCGGAAGACGAGAACGAUCCAAACUACGACUCUGAGGCAAUAGCCAAUGGUGAUAUUGAGUUUAAACAAGUGAUUGUUGAGGCUGAGCCUGAGGAAAUUGUGCGUAAAUCGGAGCCAGUGAUACUGGAGUACUUCGAGCAUGGAGAUACCAACGCUGCGGCUGAAGAUUUCUUGGAGUAUGUCACGGCGAAACGGAGCCACUUGGUAUGCGAAACAAUUGUUGAGAUCGCGUUGGACCACAAACCGUCGCACUGUGAAAUGGCUUCCGUUCUGAUAUCGGAUUUGUAUGGGAGAGUGUUCUCGGUACGAGAUAUCAGUUAUGCAUUUGAAAGAUUAUUGGACAAGUUACCCGAUCUCAUAUUGGACACGCCCGAUGCAGCAGUACUCUUGUCUAACUUCAUCGCCAGGUGUGUCGCUGAUGAUUGCCUGCCGCCUAGAUUUGUUCAGGCCAUGUCCAAUGUGGAGUUGAAUCCGCCUGCCAGACAAACUAUCCAAAGAGCGGAGACUCUAUUGUCUAUGAAGCAUGGACUCGUCCGACUGGACAACAUAUGGGGCGUUGGUGGUGGUAUCAGGCCAGUCAAAUCUCUGAUCCGUCAGAUCCAACUUCUCCUGAAAGAGUACCUGACGUCGUCUGACUUGACUGAAGCCAUGCGUUGCGUGAAGGAUCUGGAGGUGCCCCAUUUCCACCAUGAGUUGGUGUAUGAGACCGUCUUGUUAGCAGUUGAAGCGAUCAACACUAGUGUUGAAGAACAGCUUUGCACGUUCCUGUCGGAACUGCGACGCUGUGUUAUUGUCACACCAGAUCAGAUGGACAGGGGUUUUCUCCGAGUGCUAGAAGAUAUGUCUGAUAUAGUGUUGGAUGUGCCCCUGGCGUACAUAAUGCUGGAUCGCUUCGUUGAACGGUGCCAGCACAAGUUCAGAUUGGGCGAGACUGUUCUCAAGCGUAUGCCCACUCGAGGUCGCAAACGCUUUGUGUCUGAAGGUGACGGUGGCGCCAUCAAGGACCACGUACUCAAACUGCGCGAGUAAACCCGCCGUAUACGCAUAGUAUGGUGUAUAAUGUAUUUUUUUUAACGAAAAAAAAAAUUUUUUUUUUCUUUGUAAGUUGUAUGAAAUUUUGUAAGAUUUUUUUUCAAUUUCUCGGGUAUUAUAUUUUUUACAUUCAGUUAGAUAUUUUUUUAAUAUGUUAAGGCUUUUUUAUUACACAUAUUCCAGGUUAUAUUUUUUUUUUAAGUAAUUAAAACAUACCUUUUUGACAUGCAAAUGUCAAAAUUUGACAGAUACUGGAUUCAUUUGUAACAAUUAUUUGUUGCUGGUUUCAAUCCCGUAUUAUCGAUUAUACAUUAUACGCCAGCUGUGUAUUGAAGUUUUUAUUCCUAUAUUAUUAGGAAUGCUUUUUUGUGUCAUACGUUUUGAGGGUAUGAAUGUUGUAACUACCCGCAUUGGAAAAAAAAACGGAUUCGUACUUAAAAUUCCAAAAAUCAUAACAGUUGCAUAUUCAGUUACCAAUAAUAGAUAUUUUUAUACAACACACACACACAAAUCUACCAAAAUUGAAGUUUUAACUUACCGAUUUGAAUCCGGUUUUUAAGUACGAAUACCGCAAUUAAAUUCUUGAAAAGAAUGCUAUGUGAUGGACUGAGUAACUUUAUGGUUAGUGUCUUAGUGUUAGUACAAAGUUUAAAUUAAUGAUUAUAUGUAAAUUUUAAUGCUAAUUGAUGAUUGUAUAAAGUGGUUAGGCGCAGGUGUCCGUUUUCUGAAACUUUGAAAAUUCUCCAUAUAUGACUGGCGCCAUCUGUUAUCGUUGGUAUGAACAUUUGAUUUCGCUAUGAUUCCAACCGAAACAAUUUAUAUUUAACAUGUUUUAUUAAUGAUAAUGCUUCAGAUAAAAGCCGUUUGAGUUUUCAUGCUCUCAAUUUUGCACAACCAAGCCACUUUAUAUAUCAUUGAUAAAUAAGCUGUCUAUACACAAGAUGUUAGGAUUGUGUAUCGGCAGCCUUUGCUUACAGUUUAUAUAAGACGUUUAUCAUUGGAACUUGAAGUACUCUAGAUCUUUAAUGUUUUACCUGAUUGAAACGCGAACAAUUUCACAUUUAAUCAAUCAGUUUUGGACCGUACAGAAUAAAUUUGAAGUCGGUUUUGAAAAAAAUUGGUUUUCAUUUUGAUAUUAAAUUCUAAAAUGAACUACUAUAUGUAUGUAAAAGUACGUUUUUUAACAUACUAAAGUCUUGCUUAACGCUAAAUCUGAUAUCUAACAUUGCCAGUGUGCAUUGUGACGGUCGGAUAUCAUAGAUAGCGCUGAGUCAGAUUUGUGGUCCCUAAAUUCAACUUAAUUUUACUAGAUCUUUAGUAUUUCAACAGUUUUUUAAAGGAUUGAAUGUAUCGAAAUCGAAACAAUUUGACAAAAAGUGGCAACACUCAAAUUAAUAGUCUAUGACAGUUUCGUCAAGUCAAAGUAAAAUCGUUUGUUUGCUUAUGAAUGGGUAUUUAAGCAAUACUAGUUUAGGAUAUGUUAAAUAUAUUAAAACUACUGGCAUGUACACAAUCCAAUUUUUCCAAUAAAUGCAUUUAUGAA